AUGACAAUUGCUGACACUUUAUCAAGAGCAGCAGUAUCUCAUGACUCAAUCAAGAACCAAGAAGACAUUGAGACUUAUCAGGUAUAUCAAAUCACAAAAGAAGACAGGUGUUUCAAAGCACUAGAAAACAUAGAUUCAACACAACAUUUGAAUGUCACACCAGAACGUCUUAAACAGAUGAAAGAUCUUACAGCACAGGAUGUAACUCUGCGUGCCCUGACAACCGUAAUUACUGCUGGGUGGCCUAGGAGUAAAGAAGAGGUGAGCGCACAGCUAAGGGAAUAUUGGAAUUUCCGUGAUGAACUUGUGGCACAUGACGGCCUCGUCUUCAGAGGGAAUAGGCUAGUAGUACCUAUCACUAUGAGAAAAGAGAUGCUAAAGAGAAUACAUUCAAGUCAUCCAGGUCUGGAUGCGUCACUAAGGAAAGCUCGUGAAGCGCUAUACUGGCCCCGCAUGUCAGAAGAUAUUAAACAAAACAUUGAACAAUGCUCAGCCUGUCUACUAAAUUCUCCAAAUCAACCACAUAUGCCAAUGCAAACACAUGAAGUACCUGAUCUACCCUGGCAGCGUGUAGCGAUGGACAUUUUCACUCUAAGAAGGAAAAACUACCUAGUAACAAUUGACUACUAUUCAGAUUUUUGGGAACUUGACGAACUAGAGGAUACAACAUCGUCAACAUUGAUUGAGAUAUCCAAGAAAAACUUCAGCCGAUGGGGAAUCCCUAAAACACUGGUUACAGAUAAUGCAAACAAUUUUAUAAGUGAAGAUUGGACUAAGUUUGCCAAAGAAUGGGAAUUUUCCCAUGUAACAUCUUCGCCCUAUCAUGCGAGAGGUAAUGCUAAAGCCGAAGCAACUGUCAAGAUUGCAAAAAAGACACUGAAGAGACUUUUUGACAAAGCAGAAGAAGAAGAUAUCGAUAUAUGGUUAGCCAUUCUUGAGUGGAGAAACACUGAAAGUAAAGGUGUGGCCAGCAGUCCCGUUCAACGGAUAAUGUCACGUCGAACAAGGUCUUUAGUUCCCAUGAAAAGCGAGCUCUUCAAACCAUAUGUUCAGACUCAAGUGAGAGAUAGGUUGAUCAAGAAAAAACAGAUGUAUAAGUACCAGUAUGACAGGAGUUCAAGACAUUUGCCUGAUCUAGAAAUUGGACAAGGAGUAGCGGUAAAAACUAAACCACAGCAAACCAAUAGCAAGUGGGCGAUGGGCACAGUUGUGUCAAAACCUUCCUCAAGAUCUUACAUUAUUAAAACACCUGAAGGUUUGUACCGUAGAAACCGAGAAAUGCUAAAACCAAGUCCGAGUCCUAAAUGCAGCCACACAGCAAAAAAGUCAUUGUUCAUGUACGAUACUCCAUUUUCCCAGUCGACAGAACACGUUGAAGUAAAUGAACCUAUCAGAGACCAUGUUACACCGGAAAGAGCCCAAAUGAAGACUACUCGUUCAGGACGUCUCAUAAAAACGCCCGAACGUUACAAACAUUAA